UAUCUUUUGACAUCACCGACCAAAAACGUGAACUAAAGGCUGCCCUGUCUACUGUCUGCUAGUAAAUUGACAGUUUUUAUCUUUACCAACGUUGAAAGAGCCCUCCCAUCACACAAAAAUGCAACCGCAAAUCGUGCUCCUGAAGGAAGGCACCGAUACGUCCCAGGGCAAGCCGCAACUGGUGUCGAACAUCAAUGCCUGCCAGUCGAUCGUGGACGCGGUUCGGACCACCUUGGGUCCCCGCGGUAUGGAUAAGCUCAUUGUGGACUCGCAAGGCAAGGCCACGAUCUCUAACGAUGGCGCCACUAUCAUGAAGCUGUUGGAGAUUAUCCAUCCCGCUGCCAAAACGCUGGUGGACAUCGCAAAGUCACAAGAUGCAGAGGUGGGUGAUGGAACCACAAGCGUGGUUCUGCUGGCCGGCGAAUUCCUAAAGCAGGUCAAGCCUUUCGUGGAGGAGGGCGUUCACCCACGUGUGAUAAUCAAAGCCAUUCGCAAGGCACUCCAGCUCUGCAUGGAGAAAAUCAGCGAAAUCUCUGUGCAGAUUGUGAAGCAAUCCAAGGAGGAGCAACGCUCUCUGCUGGAGAAAUGCGCCGCCACCGCGAUGUCUUCCAAGCUGAUCCACCAGCAGAAGGACUUUUUCUCAAAGAUCGUUGUGGAUGCCGUUCUGUCCUUGGAUGAGCUGUUGCCGCUUAACAUGAUUGGCAUCAAGAAAGUUACUGGCGGAUCCCUUGAGGAGUCCCAGUUGAUUUCUGGUGUGGCUUUCAAGAAGACCUUCUCCUAUGCCGGUUUCGAGAUGGCACCGAAGUCGUACGACAAGUGCAAGAUCGCCCUUCUUAACAUUGAGCUGGAGUUGAAGGCAGAGCGAGACAACGCCGAGAUCCGCGUAGACAACGUUAAGGAGUACCAGAAGGUCGUCGAUGCCGAGUGGCAGAUUCUGUACAACAAGCUGGCCAAGAUCCACGAGUCUGGCGCCAACGUAGUACUCUCAAAGCUCCCCAUUGGCGAUGUGGCCACACAGUAUUUCGCCGACCGUGACAUUUUCUGUGCGGGCCGUGUUCCUGAGGAGGAUCUCAAACGUACAAUGAAGGCUUGCGGCGGCGCCGUCAUGACCACCGCCAAUGACAUCAACGCCAAGGUGCUUGGCCUUUGCGAGCAUUUCGAGGAGCGCCAGGUGGGCGGAGAACGCUUCAACUUGUUCCAAGGAUGCCCGAACGCCAAGACAAGCACUCUGAUUCUGCGUGGUGGCGCCGAGCAGUUUUUGGAGGAGACGGAGCGCUCCCUGCACGAUGCUAUCAUGAUUGUCCGUCGCACCAUCAAACACGAUUCCGUAGUUGCUGGAGGCGGUGCCAUUGAAAUGGAGCUGUCGAAACUCCUGCGCGACUACUCGCGCACCAUCGCUGGCAAGGAGCAGCUGCUGAUUGCCGCCAUCGCAAAGGGCUUGGAGGUUAUUCCACGCCAGCUGUGCGACAACGCCGGCUUUGAUGCCACCAACAUUCUCAACAAGCUGCGCCAGAAACAUGCCCAGGGUGGCCAGUGGUUUGGUGUGGACAUAACCAAGGAAGACAUUUCGGACAACUUUGAGCAGUGCGUGUGGGAACCAUCGAUCAUUAAGAUCAAUGCCUUAACAGCUGCCGCCGAGGCAGCCUGCAUGGUUCUGUCCGUCGACGAGACAAUAAAGAGCCCGAAGGCCGGCGAACCUCCUAUGGCUGGCGGUGGGCCCAUGGGAAUGGGCCGCGGCAUGGGCAGGCCCAUGUAAAACUCAUCCAGAACUUCAGAAAGCACACUAAUCAUCUACUCACUUGCAUUUCUAUCCUAAUUUAACACGAACACGUAUUAGUCGGUCAUACUUUCGCAUUUUCGAAACGCACUACAGAACAACAGAAAAAAUAAUACACUGACCUAUCUGU